AUGGUCCCUAACAGUUCAGUAGGAUGGAUUUCUUCGAUUUUGACUAUUAACCCCAAUUUUUCAGCUGCCCAACCGUGCCCUCAACGACGGCGUCUCGAAGAGAGUGUGGAGAAGAUCCGACUGAAAUCCAAAGUGGAAAAACUGAAAAAAGAGCUGCGUACGUCAAUUUCCCCCCAAUUUUUCGAGGUGACAAUAUAAUUUCAGAAGACGUGAUCGUGGACAGAGAUGAGAAAAUCAAAAAGCGUGGAACCAUGAUUCAAAUGUACGAUAAAAGUAACGUACAAUUGAGGCAUGCUCUGGCGAAAAUCGAAAGGCAGAACAAAAGACUGGAAUUGAGUGUAAAAGUGAAAGAAAUGGAGGAGAAGGAGCAGAAGAGCCGAGAGAUUAUCGAGAUUUUAGAGGAAAAGGCAAAGUGCUUGGGUACGUUGAUGUAUCUCAGGUGUUUGUAGAGAUAUCAAAAAGUUAUCAACUGAUAAAAUGUUCAACAUUUCCUGAUGAACAUUUUAUUAGUUAACUAUUUUUUGAUAUCUCAACCCGCAGCUGAGAUAUAACUGUUUGAAUCAAUUUCAGACGGAUCGCUGGCGGAAAUGAGAGAAGACGACAAUAACAAGCAGAAAACUAUAGACGAUCUGAACAAAAAGUGCGAUGACUUGGGUAGGCGCUUAAAAUCAAUUUUGGAGUCUCAAUUUACAAUAUUGUGAAAUUGCAGAACGGUGUCUGGAGUCGAAAGAGGAGCGGAUACAAGACAAGGAGAAGCAGAUUGAGCGGAAAGACAAUAUUAUCCAAAUAAUCGAUGGGCAAAUGAAAAAGGAAAUGAGGAAAAGGGAUGAAUUGGUGGUCGAGAGGACAGUUUUGAGAAGGAAAAUCGAGGAAUUGGGUGGGUUCCAAAAAAUGAAUAAACUCUCCAUCUUUGGAUCCCUAUACACUGCGCCCAAUAAGCAUAGGACCCCCCUCAGUUUUGGGUGUUCCGAGAAAACUAGAAGAGAUAUCAAAAAUCUGUAAGCGCCAUUCGAUUUGGAAUACAAAAUAAUCCCCGGCCCCAAAUUUUUACAAUCUGAAAACUAUUUGUACCCGUCCACCAUCAAAAAGUCACUUUUUCCACCGCCCAAUAAGUAUAGGACCCCCUCACAAUUUUGAUGGAUUUUGGUAAAUUGAAGGGAAUUCAGCCAUUUUUUUUCAUAUUAUUUUUUUAUAAUUGUUGUUUUUUUAUUGUUUUUCAUAUUAUUUCGACUUUAUUUCCCAACUUUCUAUCAUUUUCUGAUUGGAUGAUGAAGGAUCUUUGAAUAAAUCUGUGAAAAUGGAUUUUUUUAAAAGUAAACAUUUUUUUAUUCAACAAAAAUCAAAUGAUAACAGGGAAAAAAAUUAAUAACUGGUCUCGCCUCCGUUCUUCUGAAUGACUUGGAAAAGUCGAUUUGGCAUGCUCGAUACCAGAUUCUUCAAUUCCGCGGCUGUGACCAAAUUCCACUCGAUAAGAAGGGCAUCUUUCAGAUCCUGGACACUGGCAUACUGUUUGCCAUGGCGGUAGACACGACGAACCAACAAUCCCCAAACGUUCUCAACUGGAUUGAGGUCUGGGCUACACGCCGGCCAUUGCAGAUCCUUGAUUCCUUUCGCAGCCAGCCAGUUUUGUGUCGAAAUGCUUUUAUGUGUGACGGAUUCUGUGACAGAAAGAAGAUGCCGCUGCAGUUCAUCACCACCAAAGAAAAUUCAAUUUCCUAUCAGAACAUGCUCCAAAACGCCAUCGUCCCAUUCUUCCGUCACCGUCGCCGCAGUCACACUUUUCAGCAAGACAAUGCCAGUAUUCAUAAAAGAUUUUCGACACAAAACUGGCUGGCUGCGAAAGGAAUCAAGGAUCUGCAAUGGCCGGCGUGUAGCCCAGACCUCAAUCCAGUUGAGAACGUCCAGGAUCUGAAAGAUGCCCUUCUUAUCGAGUGGAAUUUGGUCACAGCCGCGGAAUUGAAGAAUCUGGUAUCGAGCAUGCCAAAUCGACUUUUCGAAGUCAUUCAGAAGAACGGAGGCGAGACCAGUUAUUAAUUUUUUCCCUGUUAUCAUUUGAUUUUGUUGAAUAAAAAAUGUUUACUUAAAAAAAAAAGUCAAGAAGUGGAAACUGAAAAAUAGAAUAUUUUCAACCUUCUCAACCUGAGCCAGAAUUCAGAGACCGACUCGACUCGGCGUCAAGAACAAAAAGAUCUCAUCUCUCUCGGAACAACCGGUCCCACAGUGUUGACCGAUGAAGAAAUGGAAAACGAGUGGGAACGGGCGAGAGAUCACGUCCUCAACGAGCCGAUUUACAAUGAGGAGAUGGCUGGUAGCGUUCUCGGGUCGAUGCACCAUGCAUUGCAAUCAAAUGCGCUCGCUUUUCCGCUUUUCUUGUCUUAGAAUCGUAUUUUGAUCGAAAAUUGAGUGAUUCCUACGAAGAAAAGUCCGAUUUUUCGAUGAAACUGGACGAUUUUAAGACAAGAAGGAUUUGGUGGUCGAUGCACCAUGUCAACACGAGUUUAGGAUCUAGUUUCGAGCAAAAACCCUUAGGCUUUCAGGCGAACGACGUUCCCUAUUCAACCCCGACGUGCCGAGCCAUAAACUGCCGCAAAAAGUGGUGAGACCGCCCAACAUCUACCCGCUUUUUCAUGCGUGGGCGAUAAAGUACAAGUGCUUCAAUCGUGAGUCCUUCCUCCUAGUUCCCACAAAAAUCGAAACUUUUUAGGCGAAACCUUUCUGGCCAAGCGAAAAACGUUCGAGCACAUCAAGAGCCAACUAUUGAGGGAACACGAAUAUCAUGGAUCCAACACGUCGCUCUUGUGGGUUUUUCGAUGGAAUUCUCUGUAUUCGUAUUUUACAUGUUUCAGAAAGAGUUCCAAAAGGCCAGGAAAAGGAACAUUUGAAUCGACAAUAUUCGAUUGGUUUUUUCUAGAAUAAAUGCUUUCUGAAUCACCUUCUAAACGCGAUUAUGCUGUAUGGGGAAUGCAAAUUUGUGUGUAUAAAAAACGAUGUUCGCCCCGUUUCACACACAUUUCAAAAUGGACCCGCAUCCGGCGUUUUCUCCUGAAUUUCUACAACAACUUCAGGCUUUACUGCUUCUCGGUAACCGUUUGUUACUUUUCAGGCAAUUUAGAUCCGAGUUUCAGCUCAAAAUGGCAACUUUUUGAGUGCUCAAAGUUCAGGUAACUCACAGAGAAAGCUUUUCGCUACCGAAAUUAAGGAUUAAAGUUCAAAUGCGCCCGAUUCCUGCCGCGGUACAGUGUAGUGUUUCCCAAUCGAAAAUCGAUCGGCAACCCGGCGAACGCGUCCAUUUGGAAUUUCUUCGGACCGAAGGUUUGUUGGCGCAAAAAUUAUUUUUUUUUUUCAAAAAUUAUGUUUUUUUUUUAGACCGUAAGUUUGCGUGCGGCAAAGUCAUCUAUCGAUGCACCAUUUUCCAAAAAUAUUUGGAUCUUUUCAGAAGCCAAUCAGCUCCUACAUGAGGAGAACUCGGCGCUCCGUCGGCACGUCCUCAUGUCCGAACGGUACGGGAUUCAAGCCGAGCAGGAACGCGAAAAGCGGCUGAUUGCGGAGCGGAAGCGGCAAAGAGAGACGGAAAUGAUGCGGAAAUCCUAUCAGGCCGAGCUGAGAAUCGUGAAAACGGAAAAGUGGCGACAAAUGGGCACUUCGAAGGCCGAUUGUAUCGAGUUGGGCGACGAGGAAGAACCUGAGCAAUCCGCAGAAGCUCAGUACUUUAUGAGAAGCUUGUGGACGGAUUUUGAUGCGCCGAAUGCUCAGGGACCUUCUCGUCAAGGUCAGCCGUGCAGUUGUGGAGGCCGAAAGUCCCGAUCGGACCAUCACCCCCACAUUGUUCUCCCGGUCCCGCCGCUUUUCAGCGAAACGGACUGGGCCGAAGCGGUCGCCUACACGAGAACCUGUCCGGUCUACCUGGAUUCGAGGCUUGGCAAGUAUCCGUUUGCUGUAAGCAAAAACCGAAUUAACUUUGCAGCCAACAUCAAAUGUCUGUUCAACCCGGAGCCGAACAAAUUCGGAAAGCGAAAAAUGCCUCAAAUCGUGAAGCGAGUCGCCAAUCACUGUUUUCUUUUUGUCAGCUAUCAUGCGCACGAAAAUCCGAAGGAAAGUGCGUGUAAGUUGCCGCAAGGGUCUGCAAAAAAGUAAAUAUUCAAAAUCUUUCAGUUGCCGCUUGGGAACACGAAAAACGGGAUGAAAAUAAGGUGCUGGAGUGGAGAAAAUGGCGCGAGCAACUUGUGAAAGUGCAAGAGUUUCAGCUGAGCAAAAAAUGGAUCUAUUUUGACAAGAAGACACCAAUUCGAUGA